CAAAAUAUACUUAGCCGGUUUAACAUGUACUUCUCAGAAGAAGUAUAUCAAUCAAGCCUAACAAAUGUCACAUAGGACCAGAUACGGACUGUUAAGAACAUUCUGGAAUUUCUUCACAAAACUCAAGCCAGCCGCUGAAAACGUAAAACAUGAAUGUAUCGGUGUUGAUAAAAAUGGAAACCGUUACAUGCUUAAACAUGCAAAUCCAAGUGCCCAUAUAAAGGAACAGCGCUUUGUAUUACCUCCAGAAGGCAACCUGGAUGAAGAUGAGGAGGACAUUGCCACCAUCAGAGAGGCACAGAAACUUACCAUGAACAACAUUCCAGUAGAAUGGAAUGCUUGGCUACGGUACACAAGAAAGGACCCACCCACAGAACAGGAAAUAGAAAGAAACCGUCGCCAAAAGAUGAUUGUUUUGCAGCGUGUUGAGGAGUUGGAUAAUAAAGAAAGACUGAUCAGUGGGGACAAUCAGGAGCUGAUGCAGUCUUCAGACAAUCGCACUUCCUUUGAGGGGACAGAAACCUUUGGCCAGACUGUACAAGGGGACACUAGAAAACAGAAAUUCCCCAUUAGAGAAGGUCUGGAGAUACUACCUGGAGUUUCUCUUCGUUCUGAGAAUACACGGCGGAAGAACGAGCAGGAGGAUGAGUCCAAGACAAAAACUGGCUUUAAAGACUGAGACUUUUUCCUAGGACAUCUGUUACUUGUUCUAUUUAAUGUGUGAUUGUUGAAUUUAAGAAAAUAUGUAUGAGAGAUAAUAUUGUCUUAUUUGUACUCUUGCGUAAUCUUAUUCAACAUUUUGUAAUUAAUUUAUACUUAUUUGGAGUCUUUCUAAACAUAAUUAUAUUAAGCAAAUAUUUUUAAUCAGCAAAACAGUUCAGUCAUUUGAUAAGUCUUGGCAGACUGUUGAAACUGUUGACAAAGCACAAUGUAUGAUAUUAAUUGUUAGUCACUUUGAUAAGUAUCAAACAGUAUUCAUGUAUUAAAAAGUUUGUCCCAUCGCCCUGUAAAGUAAACUUUUUAAUAGAUUUUAAUUAAACCUCCUGAAAAGUGCAGCAUACACAAUGUAAUCCGAUAGAAAAUCAACAAGAUUUGUUAAAAGUAACUAUAUUUAUUAAAAUAAAACUUUACAUACAA